AUGGCUGAUCCGUCCGCUACUACCCAAGGCGGCAGUCCGACAGCCGCUGCCCCCUCCGCCGCCCAGCGGAAUCCAUUAACCGCCUCCGGCAAGACUGGGAUACGGAGCAAGUACGCCCCCAAGGCAUGUCAAGAGUGCCGCCGUCGCCGUGCAAAGUGUGAUGGCGCAAAUCCAACAGCAUGUUCUCGAUGCGUUGGUCGCCAAUUAACAUGUGUCUACACCACCGAGGAAGACGCUCGCGGAACCGCCCCCAAGUCAUACGUGCGUCUAUUGCAAGCUCGGAUUAGUGUCUUGGAAAAGGUCCUAUGGCUGCAUUCAAUCGAUGUCGACGCUUCUGCCGCCCAGUUGAUGCAGCAGAACACUGUGCCCGCUACAGCCACGUCCUUGACUACUGGCGGCUCAACCGCCGCUUUUGAUCAGCUCCGUGAUGCUUUCGAGGGCAUCCUUUCUCUUGAUGAGUCGCACAACUUUGACCAGGAUGGAGAAGCACGAUAUUUUGGCCCGGCGAGCGGCCGUCUUGAUUUCAAGAAGUGCCAUGACGAAGCCGGCGACUCUCCAAAAGAGUACUCCCCACUACCAGAAGACCUCUAUGACCAGACUCUAGGUGCUCAACAUGGCGUCAAUGAAGAGCUUGAAGCCCACCUUAUCGAGCAAUACUUCACGUGGGAACAACCAUGGUUACAGGUCGUUGAUGAGGCUCUAUUUCGUGAGAGCAAAGACAAUAACGGUCGAUAUUUCUCUCCUCUAUUGCUCGACUGCAUCCUAGCCAGCGGCUCCCGGUUUUCGGACCGAACCGAGAUUCGUUCUGACCCGAAUGAUCCCAACACGGCUGGUCGUCUCUUUCUUGAGACGGCCGAAGUUCUUCUGCAUUUUGACCUGAAGCGGCCAAGUAUCACGACGAUUCAAUCAUUGGCUAUUUUAGGCACUGUCUAUCAUGCCUUUGGUCAAGACGCCGCAGGGUGGCUACACUCUGGGAUGGCAAACCGACUGAUCUUGGAUAUGGGACUCCAUCUUGACCCAGGCUCCUUGGUUGUUUUGGGCUCUAUGACAACAGAGGAGGCCGAGCUUCGGAGACAAAUCUAUUGGUCGUUGUAUUGCGUGGAUAAGUUAGCAGCCGGCUACACAGGACGCGUCUGUACCAUGCUCGACUUCCAGGCGGCCGUUGGUAUGCCAAUGGUACCAACACAUGCUCGAAAGCGUGAUCAUCGACACACGUUGUAUGCUGCCAAUCCGGAACGUUUGAUAUCCCUACAAACUGACUUGAUCAAGCUGUGCCAGAUUUUGGAAAAGAUCAUUUUGAACCUGUAUGCUCCAAAGAGGCUAUCUCUUGUUGACCAGAGAAGGGAUUUCUUUGACUCGUGCCUCCUUUCCCUUAAAAGUUGGUUUUAUGGCCUGUCCACAGAACUCAAACCCGUCCAAGGCGGAGCUCCUAAUCAGUUCCCCCAAGCGUAUACUCUGUGUAUGGUCUACCACACAGCUGUCAUCCUUCUCGCUCGGCCUUACAUCCAGAGUCAAGGGCUUGUAAACUCAGCAGCAGAUCCUUUGGGACAGAAAGCCACAGCCAUCUUCCUUGAAGCUGCGCGAGCCAUACCAUCUUUGGGAGACCAAUAUCGCCGAGUCUUUGGCAGCUUCCGGAGGAGCCCGAUCACGGCAACCUACGCAAACCUUUCCGCGGCGCUGGCUCUACUCAGUCCUCAGAACCAAUACAGGGCUCGGUUUAACCAGGCUGACAAUGCAAAGCUCAAAUCCUGUAUCCAAACAUUGGAAGAGCUCUCAACCGCUUGGAUGCCUCCUGGCAAAUAUCGCUGCAGUCUGUUAAAGACGAUACAAAAUCAUCCGGCAUUUCAGCAACGGGAGACAGCAACUUCAAAUACUUUGACAGGUGAUGACAACGACAACCCUAAUUCCGCUUCUGGCGCAACGCAUAUCAACGACUCGGCGCAACCGGCCAAUGAAUUGGGGGGUGGUCCGUCAGCGGACGAUAUGGGCUGGCCUUCGUGGAUGUCGGUGACCGGAGGUGAGCCAAACAUGGCAGAGCUUUUGGCAACCGCAGAGACACUGCCAUCUCAGCCAGGAAAUAACGUACCAUGGAAACAGUUUGACCUGAAUUGGUUUGGGUGUACAUUGCCGGGGGACUUUUCAUCUAGUUGA